AUGAUGACACCAAGGAGCUUUUGGUGCUCUCUUGUGCUGCUGGGGGUUUUCCCACUGGUCACAAGGGGAUGGAUGGAUGUGGACCAGAGCAGGAGCCUGUAUUCAGAUGUGGGGAGGUUGCAUCAAGAGGACUCCAGAAGGUUUGAAGUUACAAGAAGAAAAGCGCUGCAGGGGCAGGAGCGGCAGCGGGCGCCCUGCGAGAGGAGGCUCUGUGGCCGGGGCAGCCGGUGUGUGCUCAGCGGGGACACGCAGCAGCCCGAGUGCCGGUGUGUGGAGGACUGCAAGGCCACCUACAUGCCCGUCUGUGGAUCUGACGGCAGGUUCUACGAAAAUCACUGCCAGCUGCAUCGAGCCUCGUGCCUGCAGAGGAAGAAGAUCUACAUUAUCCACAGCAAGGACUGUUUCUUCAAAGGGGACAGGUGCACGAUGGCAGACUACAGCCGGCUGAAGAGCGUCCUGCUGGACCUGCAGGCUCGGCGCCAGAGCCCCCCUGGCAGCCUGGCCAAGGACAGGCCAGCCCAGAAACGCUUCCUCAUUGGAGAGCUCUUUAAGCACUUGGACCUCAACAGCGAUGGGCACCUCAGCAGCUCUGAACUGGCUCAGUUGAUGAAGAAGGAGGACCUGGAGGGUGAUUUUCUGGGUUGUACACUUGAAGACCUUCUCCAGUUUGAUGAUUACAACAACGAUGGCCACCUGACCCUGCAGGAGCUCUACACAGCCUUCCAGGUGGUUCAGCUGAGCCUGCCUGAGGAGCAGAGGGUCACUGUGACCACCAUCACCGUUGGCCUCAGCACUGUCCUGACGUGCAGCAUCCGCGGGGCGCUGCGGCCGCCCAUCGUCUGGAAGCGCAACGGCGUCGUGCUCAACUUCCUCGACCUGGAGGACAUCAACGAUUUUGGAGAAGAUGAUUCCCUCUACAUCACCAAGGUAACAACAAUUCACAUGGGCAAUUACACCUGUCAUGCCUACGGCUAUGAGGAGCUGUAUCAGACCCACAUCCUUCAGGUGAAUGUGCCUCCGGUGAUCCGCGUGUACCCCGAGACGCAGGCGCAGGAGCCGGGCGUGUCAGCCAGCCUGAAAUGUCACGCCGAAGGCAUCCCUAAUCCCCGAAUUACCUGGCUGAAGAACGGCAUUGAUAUCAUGCCAAAACUAUCCAAACAGCUAUCGCUCCUUGCAAAUGGAAGUGAACUCCACAUCAGCAGCGUUCGCUAUGAAGACACUGGGGCUUACACCUGCAUUGCCAAAAAUGAGGUGGGAGUGGAUGAGGACAUUUCUUCCCUUUUCAUCGAAGAUUCGGCGAGAAAGACCCUUGCAAACAUACUGUGGCGAGAGGAAGGCCUGAGUGUUGGGAAUAUGUUCUAUGUCUUUUCUGAUGAUGGGAUCACAGUCCUUCAGCCAAACGAAUGUGAAAUCCGGAGACACAUCAGGCCUGAAGAGAGGAUUUUCACAAGUUAUGAGGAGAUCUGUCCUAGAGUGGAAGGUGAAGACACUCAGUCCUGCCUCUGGGCUUCAGCAGUCAAUGUCAGAGACAAGUACAUUUAUGUGACACAGCCAAAGCAGAACAGAGUAAUGAUAAUUGAUAUCCAGACUCAAAAAGCCAUACAGUCCUUGGAUGUGGACCCAUUACCAACCAAAUUACAUUAUGACAAGUCCCACGACCAGGUGUGGGUGCUCAGCUGGGGGGACAUGAGGAAAUCAUCACCCACACUGCAGGUGAUUCCAGAGGCAAGCACUGGAGAAGAUCCACAUGUUAUCCACACACCCUUUGAAGGAGUGGAAGAUUUUUUUAUACCACCUACAAAUCUUAUUAUUAAUCAUGUUAGGUUUGGCUUCAUUUUCAACCAUUCCAAGCACGUGGUCCACAAGAUUGACCUGGAGACUGUGACGCACAUCAAGACCAUCCACCUCAAGGCCUACGGCUGCGUGCCUCAGGCCAUGGCCUACACUCACCUGGGUGGUUACUACUUCGUGCAGUGCAGGAGGAGCCGCCCCGGGGCCGCCUCUCUGCAGCUCAUCAUCGACAGCGUCACCGACGCCGUGGUCGGCCCCAACGGCCGCGUGGCGGGCGCGCCCCACGUCUCCCCCGACGGGCGCUACCUGGUCAGCGCCGACCGCGCCAGCGGCACCAUCACCGUGCAGGCCCUCACUGUCCGGGGGGAAAUCAAGUUGAUUUAUGACUUGAAAACAAACAUACACGUGUCCGAUCUGACAUUUCAGCCCUCUUUCACUGAAGGCAAUCAGUACUAUAUAUACGCUACUUCACAUUUGCAAACAGAUGUGCUAUUUGUGGAGCUGUCAACGGGGAGGAUGAAUGUACUGAAGAAUUUAAAGGACCCUAUCGCGUCCAAAGACUGGCCUUGGAGCAGCUACAACAGAAUUAUGAAAGACAGUGGAUUAUUUGGACAGUAUCUCAUUACACCAGCUAAAGAUUCGUUGUUUGUUAUAAAUGGGAGGCAAAAUACGUUACGCUGUGAGGUUUCAGGUAUAAGGAGGGGUAACACAGUGGUCUGGGUUGGGGAGGUAUGAAAGGGCAGUAGCAGUGGAGCCUUCGGCAGGCAAGGACCAGUUGGACCUUUACACUGCAGGAAAUGAGCAGUAGCAUUGUAUAUUUUUACACUGGGAAAACAAAAAGACAAAAAAACGCUGUAUAGGCUUCAUGGUACAACACUGGUCUACUUGCAAGUUUUAUAAUAUAAAGUAUGCUCUGCUAAUAGGAA